GCCACAUCAGCAGACCACGUCAGCAGACCACAUCAGCGGGCCACAUCAGCAGGCCACGUCAACAGGGAGUGCCACAUCAGCCACCCGGGCCUGUUUAUGAUGACACGCUCGCAGACAGCCGUCAUGGACCAGAAACUGGGGGAAACGGCGGAGGCAUAUCAGGACCGCAUGCUGGCUUUGAUCAUAGAAGCCAAGCAGCGGGCGGAUGCAGUAGCAGCCGAAGAGAAGAAGAAGGCGGAGAAUGCCGAGCAGGCACGACUGCUAGCUCUUGAACAACAGCGGCUGCAGGCCGAGACAGCAGCGAAGGCUGCAGAUGAAGAACGAUUGAAGCGGCAUGAGAAAAUUUUCAGCGGGGAGCAAGCAUUACUCACAUUGGCAGCAGAAUGGCGAACUGAGGCGGAGACAGGGAAGAUGGAGGAGAGCGAGACCAAGAUUGCCCUCCUCCUCUCCCAUCUCACGGACCUCCUGGCGACAUGCAUCGCGCAGCAGGAGGACAUUCACAGCCUCGAUACCGAAGUCAAGAGUGUUCGCAGCCGCGUACAGCAGCUGGAGCAACGACCAGCCGCCGCCCCUGUGGCAAGCUCCUCCAACACAUCAGACUGCCUGGACGCAUUGGAGACUGACGUCAGCACACUCAAGGACGGCCCACGACUACAACAAACCGCUACUCAACAAUUGGAGCAGCGGGUCUAUGCUACCGCCGCCAGCCCGAGUUCGGGACAGCGCGAGUCAACUCCCAAGUUUGACGGUCAGGAGAUCUUCUGCGAUUCAACAAAGACGGAUCCAGUUCAGUGGUUCUGCAAGUUUGAACUCACGUUGCAGCUGCACCUCGUCAGCGAAGGCAACGGGCUGCCCUACCAAGGGGAAGGGCAAGCAGGGAAACUGAGCGCCACCAAGAGUGAGUCGACGACACUCUCGAUGCCUUCGGAACCGGUUUCUUCGCGAGUGACCGGCCUUCAUUCCGGGGCGCAUGCGGAAGUCGACAGUCCUCUUCUCUAUUCUUUUGAGGACUAUGCUGCCCGGCUCGUUCCGGCGCUGGGAUCUUUUGCUCAAGGACAAGACGUGUGUGUGGCAUCUUCUCCGUCUGGCAACGGUUCUUCUUCGUCUUCAAGUGGUUCUUCACGGGAUUCGACACGGGGGUUCAACAUAGAGGAAUUGGACCCGCUCAAGUAUGGGGAUUUCGCAUGGCUUCCUCUCCCGACCACGGGCCAUUUACCGGGAUCGCAAUGCGCAGCACUCUGUGCCCAACUUCACAAGUACUUGUCCUUCUAUGCGCCACCAACUUCGCCGACGGAUGACGAGUUCGCGGUGGGGGACAUCUUGGCAUAUGUUACCAAGGUGGCCCGCGAGUUUCGCACGCAGCGGUAUGACGACAAUAAUGCACCGCUGAUGUAUGUCCACAUCCAAGUUGGGCAGGCGUCCUGCAGCGCUUUGCUGGAUAGCAGCGUGACUCGCAACUUCAUGAGCCAAGCUUUUAUGCAAAGGGCUGGCCUCGACGCGCAGGUUCGGAGGAAGGCAAACCCGACGGCGAUCAAGUUGGAGGAUGGAAAGACGCAGCAACUUCUCGACCAUUACAUCGAGGCCGUACCGGUGUACUUCGCACCUCAUGCAUGCGAACCGAUCACGUUCGACAUCUUGGACACGAACUUCGAUAUCAUUCUGGGAAUGCCUUGGCUUGCAAGUGCGGAUCACACGGUCAACUUUCACCAGCGGACUCUCACCAUUCGCGACGCCUUCUGCGCCGAGGUGCCGUGUACUAUUCCACUUCCGCACCCUUCGAUCCGGUGCCAAGUCGUGACGGCCAAAUCGUUUCGAACUACAUCUGCAUAUGAGCAACCCGAAGAGAUAGGCCUAUGUUUCUUGCGGACUAGCGCGGCAGCCGACUCUUCACCAUCAGACUUCUCUUCGGACCCCCGCGUGGUACGGCUGCUUGAUGAGUUCGCCGACAUCUUCGAGUCACCUACCGGUGUGGUGCCGGAUCGGCUGAUCUCUCACGAGAUCAUUCUUGAGGCCGGUAACGUGCCGCCGAAAGGUUGCAUCUAUCGGAUGAGCGAGGAGGAACUGGAGGUCCUUCGCGCACAACUCGACGACUUGUUGGCCAAGGGCUGGAUCCGCCCUAGCAGCUCCCCAUAUGGAGCACCAGUUCUCUUCGUAAGGAAGAAGAACAAGGAUCUACGUCUGUGCAUCGACUACCGCAAGCUCAACGUGCAAACUGUGAAAAAUGCGGGGCCUCUUCCUCGUAUCGACGAUCUUCCUGAAGGACUGGGCGGUGCUAAGUUCUUUUCCAAGUUGGACUUGAAGUCGGGCCGGACUCUGGAGGACCAUCUUGAGCAUCUUCGACGUGUGUUGGAGAAGCUCCGCCGUGCCAAGUACCAAGCCAACCGCGACAAGUGCGAGUUUGUCUGGCAAGAGCUUAAGUACUUGGGUCAUUUUGUCACACCAGAGGGCAUCAGCUCACUAUCGGAGAAAAUUCAAGCCAUCCAGGAGUGGCCGAAGCCGCGUAACGUCACGGAUGUUCGUUCGUUUCUUGGUCUUGCUGGCUACUAUCAGCGCUUCAUCAAGGGCUAUUCGAAGAUCGCGUCCCACUUGACCAAACUUCAAUGCGAGGAUCGGUCGUUUGACUUCGACGAGGAUGCGCGAGAAUCUUUCUUGGCUCUCAAAGCUGCACUUUUGUCAGCGGAGGUCUUGCGAAUCUAUGACCCGCUAUUGCCCACACGCGUCACUACUGAUGCGUCCGACUAUGGUAUUGGCGUUGUCCUCGAGCAACACGAUGGCGUGGACUGGCACCCGGUCGAGUAUUUCAACAAGAAGGUCCCCGCCGUGCACGCUAUUGAUGACGCGAGGAAGAAGGAAUUAUUGGCCUUCGUACACGCGCUCAAGCGCUGGCGGCAUUUCCUUCUUAGUAGACGGCAGUUCCGAUGGGUAACGGACAACAAUCCGUUGGUCUUUUACAAGACCCAGAGCACAGUCAACAACAUCAUUACCCGGUGGAUGGCCUUCAUUGACCAGUUUGACUUCUUCCCUGAUCACAUUCCGGGCAAGUCAAACCGUUUGGCGGAUGCUCUUUCACGACGUCCGGACCAUUGCACCGCCGUCUACUCGACUUUCGAGAUUGAUAACGACUUGCGGGACAAUUUUAUCCGCGGCUACCAGGCCGACCCCGAGUUUCGCGAUAAGUACGCAAAUUGUUCCUCGCCCAAUCCGGCACCUUCUCACUAUCGGAUCCAGGAGGGAUAUUUGCUUGUCCACUCGCGGGGGAAGGAUCUUCUUUGCAUACCGAGUGACCCUCACUUGCGUACACGGCUUCUUGGCGAGUUCCACGAUGCUCCCGCCACCGGACAUUUUGGCGUCAAUCGAACGAUCGGCCGACUUCGCGAGUGAUUUUGGUGGCCCGGUCUUCUCGACGACGUCACACGCUACUGCGAGUCAUGCGAGAUUUUUCGA